CUCUUUUCUAUAACCUGGAGCAACAGCAUCAGCAUCAGCCAGCAUCCCCUAUAGAGAAACAUGAGGAUCUGAGCCCAGACACCCAAAGAAGCUUCCCAGCCUCAACAACUCCCCUGAGCCCUGAUGGAGCAAGACGUGGAGAGCCCAAUCUCCACACGGCAACCAAAGCUCCCAAAACAAGCCAGAGAGGACAUCAUCAAACAGAAAUGCAUAAAAAAGAAGAUCCAGAGGUAUGUUCGAAAGGAUGGCAAGUGCAAUGUUCAUCACGGGAAUGUCAGAGAGACUUACCGCUACCUGACAGACAUCUUCACCACCUUGGUAGACCUGAAAUGGAGGUUUAACCUGCUGAUAUUUGUCAUGGUUUAUACAGUGACUUGGUUGUUCUUUGGAAUGAUAUGGUGGCUUAUAGCAUAUAUUCGAGGAGAUCUGGACCAUUUACAGGACAAAACUUGGAACCCCUGUGUGGAUAAUCUCAAUGGGUUUGUUUCAGCUUUUUUAUUUUCCAUAGAGACAGAGACAACCAUUGGCUAUGGGUAUCGGGUCAUCACAGACAAGUGUCCUGAAGGCAUUAUUCUACUGUUAGUUCAGUCCGUUUUAGGCUCCAUAGUGAAUGCUUUUAUGGUGGGCUGCAUGUUUGUUAAAAUUUCCCAACCCAAGAAGAGGGCUGAGACCUUGGUCUUUUCAACCAAUGCCGUCAUCUCCAUGAGGGAUGGAAAACUGUGUCUGAUGUUCCGGGUCGGAGAUCUCAGGAACUCACAUAUCGUAGAGGCGUCCAUACGGGCAAAGCUGAUCAAAUCCAAACAGACGAAGGAGGGCGAGUUUAUACCGUUGAACCAAACGGACAUCAAUGUUGGGUACGAUACCGGGGACGAUCGCCUGUUCUUGGUUUCCCCACUAAUUAUAAGCCAUGAAAUCAACCAACACAGCCCGUUCUGGGAUGUAUCAAAAGCUCAGUUACCAAAAGAAGACCUGGAGAUUGUGGUCAUUUUAGAAGGAAUGGUGGAAGCAACAGGAAUGACUUGCCAAGCUCGAAGUUCUUACGUCGCCUCCGAAAUCCAAUGGGGCCACCGGUUUACGCCGGUCCUCACCCUGGAAGACGGAUUUUACGAAGUGGACUACAAUAGCUUUCACGACACCUACGAGACCAACACACCGUCAUGCAGUGCCAAAGACCUGACCGAAAUGCUUAGCCGGGCAGACAUGCCUCUGAGCUGGUCGGUGUCCAGCAAGCUCAACCAGCAUCCAGAACUGCUCAAUGAGAGUGAAGAGAAGAGUCUGGAAGACCAAACAGAGAGGAACGGGGACGUGGCCAACAUAGAGAAUGAGUCAAAGUUGUAAAGCCAUUUUAAAAAAAAAAGAAAAAAAAGGUGGUUUAUGCUGAUCUACGACGCGCACAUAGCGCUGGUGAGAGUUUAAAAACGGCGGUUCAACGACCCGCGGUGACAGAUUGGUUUGCACAACGCAUAAUGUGUCCAACCACUGAAAAUUGCUAAAUCAAAUGCACGUGCUCUUCUUUUUUUCUUCUGGGCUUGCAAAUGGCACAUUUCCAAGCAGUGACGCCAAUACAAAAAAAAGAAAUAUUGUGAAUAGCUAGUGCUUGAAGUUUCUUGGCGUUAUUAAGGUCUUUUUUUUUUU